AUGGUCGCUGUCAGCGACUCUCCUACUCAGGAAGUCGCAGAACUUGCUCACCCCGAAGUUCAACUGAGCACGAAGGAGAAGUUGAGCGCUUACUUCACGAUUGCAGCUGCGGCAUUUGGUCUUAUUUCCGAUGGUUAUCAAAACAAUCUUAUGACCAUGUCCAAUGUGGUAUUCAAGGAGCUCUACCCCAAGGACUACACAUCUUCGGUCUCUACCAGAGUUUCGAACUCCCUCUUGGUCGGCGCAGUCCUCGGUCAGGUCAUUGUUGGGUUGAUGUGCGACCGUAUGGGGCGCAAAGUGGCGCUUGUGGCGACCACGCUCAUGAUCGUUCUUGGUGCCACACUUGGCACGGCUGCUCAUGGCGCGAACGGAAGCGUGCAAGGUCUGUUCUGGUUUCUGACCUUUGCGCGCGGGAUCACGGGUAUUGGUGUUGGAGGAGAGUAUCCUGCGUCAUCAACGUCUGCAUCAGAGGCUGCAAACGAGAAGACGCUCAAGAACAGGGGCCCAGUAUUCAUCAUGGUCACGAACUUUGUGCUCAGUUUUGGUGGCCCGUUGGCUGUCUCUGUAUUUUUAAUCGUACUUUCUGCCGCAGGGGAGAACCACUUGCCUACGGUGUGGCGCGUCUGUUUUGGUAUCGGCAUUCUCUUGCCUUUGACCGUCCUCUUCUUCCGUCUGCGCAUGCUGAGCAGCAAACUGUACAGGAAAUCUGCAAUGAAGCAUGGAGUACCAUACAUGCUUGUUAUUCGCCGAUACUGGAAGGCGAUGAUCGGCACCUGUGGUGCUUGGUUCUUAUACGACUUCGUUACAUUCCCCAAUGGUGUAUUCAGCGGUACCAUUAUCUCGUCCGUCAUCAAGGACAGCGACCUAAAGAAGACCGCGGAGUGGCAACUCUUGCUUGGCACGAUCGCACUUCCGGGUGUCUUUAUCGGAGCAUUACUGUGUAACCCUCUGGGGCGUAGGAAUACUAUGAUGCUUGGCUUUUCAGGAUACCUUAUCUUCGGUUUGAUCAUUGGUUGCGCGUACGACCAGAUCACGAAGAUUAUACCUCUCUUUGUUGUUUUUUAUGGCCUCAUGCAAAGCUCUGGAAAUAUGGGUCCCGGCGACAUGCUCGGUCUAGUUUCUGCCGAGUCCUACGCCACGCCCGUCAGGGGUACACUUUACGGACUUUCGGCUGCUAUUGGUAAAGUGGGUGCUGCUGUAGGCACGCAGGCGUUCACUCCUAUCCAGAACAACCUGGGAAAAAAAUGGACGUUCAUCAUCGCCGCGAUCUGUGGUGUCACAGGUAUCCUCGUCACAUACUUUUUCGUGCCAGAUAUGACGGGCGUGGACUUGGCAGACGAAGAUGUGAAGUUUAUGGAGUACCUGGCCGAGAACGGCUGGGUGGGCGAAGUCGGUGAGGACGAUGAGAAGGGGUUGGUCACGGACGUGACACAGAGGUAUGAUAGCAAGGAGGCGGGACUUUGA